GUCUUUUAUUUUGAAAGCCUCUGGAGGCGGAAGUUUUGCAGUUGUUGUUGAACUCGGUUGCUGCACUUCGAAGAUGUCUGCGGGCAAUGAAGGAGACGCUUUAUGCUUCUUUAUCAACGGAAAAAAGGUAACAGAGAACCAUGCAGACCCUGAAACGAUGCUGUUGUCCUUCCUCAGAGAGAAACUGAGGUUAACUGGAACCAAGUAUGGAUGCGGCGGUGGAGGCUGCGGGGCGUGCACAGUUAUGGUGUCUCGCUAUCAACCUGCCACCAAAACCAUCAUACAUUACUCAGCCAACGCCUGCCUCCUGCCACUCUGCCAGCUUCACGGAGCUGCAGUCACCACAGUGGAGGGCAUCGGCAGCACCAAGACCAGGAUCCACCCUGUGCAGGAGCGACUAGCAAAGGCUCAUGGCUCCCAGUGUGGGUUCUGCACUCCAGGGAUGGUGAUGUCCAUGUACACGCUGCUGAGGAACAAACCUCAGCCGACCAUGGAGGACAUCACCCAGGCUCUGGCUGGUAAUCUAUGUCGGUGUACAGGAUAUCGCCCUAUUAUUGACGGCUGCCGGACUUUCUGUCAGGAAACCAGCUGCUGCAAAGCCAAUGGAGUCGGAAACUGUUGUCUGAGUGGAGAGGAAAGUACUGCUAAAUCAGAGCUUGAAGAGCCUAUGUUGUUUGACAAGGAAGAGUUUUUGCCACUGGACCCGACACAGGAGCUGAUCUUCCCUCCUGAGCUGAUUCUGAUGGCAGAGGUGGCAAACCCAAAGACACUCACCUUCCAUGGGGAGAGGAUGACCUGGGUUUCUCCCACCUCUUUGGAGGAGCUGGUCCAGCUGAAAAGCAGUAACCCUCAAGCUCCGCUGGUCAUGGGCAACACCAACAUAGGACCAGAUAUAAAGUUCAAAGGUGUCUUGCACCCGCUGAUAAUAUCUCCAACCAGAGUUAUGGAGCUGUUUGAGGUCACUCAGACACCACAGGGGGUUUGGUUUGGAGCAGGCUGCAGUCUGUCUGAGGUUCGGUCUCUUUUGGAGAAGAUAGUUCUUCAGUUUCCAGAGGAGAAGACGGAACUCUUCAAGGCCCUGAUCCAACAGCUGGGAAACCUGGGAAGUGAGCAGAUCCGUAAUGUUGCUUCUCUUGGAGGCAACAUCAUGAGUGCGUACCCUAAUUCAGACCUGAACCCUGUUUUGGCAGCUGGGAAUAGCAAAGUGAACGUCAUUUCCUUUGGAGGAAGACGAGAGGUUCCUCUGAAUCAGGACUUCUUUGUGAGCUUUGGUAAAACCAUUUUGAGACCGGACGAAGUUGUUGUCUCUGUCUUCAUUCCCUUUUCCAGAAAGGGGGAAUUUGUUCGUGCUUUCCGUCAGGCUCCGAGGAAGGAGAGCUCUUUUGCCACUGUGACGACAGGGAUGAGGGUACUUUUCUUGGAGGGCUCUAGAGUGGUUCAGGAUGUCAGUAUUUACUACGGAGGAAUGGGACCGACCACCGUUAGAGCUGCCAAAACCUGCGCAGCUCUCAGAGCAAGGCCGUGGGAUGAUGAAACCCUCAGCCGGGCCUAUGACAUCCUCCUGGAUGAGUUGGCCCUCCCUCCUUCAGCUCCUGGAGGAAAAGUAGAGUUUCGGCGGUCCCUGGCUCUUAGUUUUCUCUUCAAAUUUAACCUGGAGGUCCUGCAGAAGCUCCGAGAAAUGAAUGUGAUCACUGAUGAGCUACCUGAGGAGAUGCGGAUCCAGCAUUUACCCAGAGUGAUCCAACCCAGUCUGCAGGAGUUCCAGCAUGUGUCAAAAGACCAGAGCGACCAGGAUCCAGUGGGACGUCCCAUCAUGCAUCGCUCUGCCAUCAGCCAGGCCACAGGUGAAGCUGUCUACUGCGACGACAUCCCCAGAACAGACGGGGAGCUCUUCCUGGCUCUGGUCACUAGCUCUCAUGCACAUGCUAAGAUCAUAGGGCUGGAUGUGAGCGAGGCUCUGCAGCUUCCUGGUGUUGUUGAUGUCAUCACGGCCAAAGAUAUCCCUGGGAAGAAAGUGCGUUCAAUGUUUGGUUAUGAUGAGGAGCUGCUUGCUGAGACAGAGGUGUCGUGCGUUGGUCAGAUGAUAUGUGCAGUGGUUGCUGACACGAGGGCGCAUGCUAAACGGGGUGUGGCAGCUGUGAAGAUCAGCUAUGAAGACCUGCCAGACCCUGUCUUCACCACAGAGGAAGCCAUUGAGAAGUCAUCUUUCUUUGAGCCACGCAGGAUGAUUGAGAGAGGAAAUGUAAUUGAGGCUUUUAAAAGUGUUGAUCAGAUUUACGAAGGAGAGAUUCGAAUGGGCGGCCAGGAGCAUUUCUACAUGGAGACUCAGAGUAUGCUGGUUGUUCCUGUCGGUGAGGAGAUGGAGUUCAAUGUUUACGUCUCCACUCAGUGGCCAACUUCAACUCAGGAAGCAAUUGCAGAGACGCUUGGCAUCCCGUCCAACAGAGUAACGUGUCACGUCAAAAGGAUUGGUGGAGCGUUCGGAGGCAAGGUCACUAAAACUGCCAUUCUGGCAAGUAUCACCUCUGUGGCUGCAUGGAAGACCAAUCAUUCAGUCCGCUGUGUUCUGGAGCGAGGCGAGGACAUGCUGAUCACUGGAGGUCGUCACCCUGUCCUGGGAAAGUACAAGGUGGGUUUCAUGAAUGAUGGACGGAUCAUGGCUGCAGAUAUCCAGUACUACAUCAAUGCUGGCAACACUGUGGAUGAAUCUGUUCUGGUAGUCGAGAAGAUUCUGCUUCACAUGGACAAUGCCUACAACAUCCCAAACCUGCGAGGCCGUGCAGCUGCCUGCAAGACAAACCUGCCCUCCAACACCGCCUUCAGGGGCUUCGGUGUGCCCCAGAGCAUCAUGGUUGUGGAGAACAUGGUCAAUGACGUGGCUGUGGUGCUGGGACGCCCUGCAGACCAGAUUCGGGAGGUGAACAUGUACAAAGGCCUGUCAACGACCCACUACAAGUUUGAGUUCAGCCCAGAGAACAUGCUGCGUUGCUGGGAAGAAUGCAAGGCCAAGUCUGACUACAGCGCCCGCCGCAGAGCCAUCGACCAGUUUAACCAGCAGAACCGCUGGAAGAAGAGGGGAAUAUCAGUCAUUCCCAUUAAAUAUGGAAUUGCAUUUGCUGAGAGCUUCUUAAAUCAGGCUGCAGCUCUGGUCCACAUCUACAGAGACGGCUCUGUUCUGGUCACUCAUGGUGGGACGGAGAUGGGACAGGGUAUCCACACUAAAAUGCAGCAGGUUGCAAGCCGGGAGCUUCAUAUCCAGCCCUCCAAGAUUUACAUCAGUGAAACCAGCACAAGCACUGUUCCCAACACGUGCCCCUCUGCCGCUUCCUUCGGCACCGACGCCAAUGGCAUGGCGGUCAAGAAUGCCUGCCAGAUUUUGUACCAGCGACUGGAGCCAAUCAGGCAGAAGAACCCCAAAGGAUCGUGGGAGAGUUGGGUCCAGGCUGCAUUUUUUGAGAAAAUCAGUUUAUCAGCUACAGGAUUCUACAGAGGUCCAGAUCUUUACAUGGACUGGGACAAGAUGGAGGGUCAGCCUUAUGCUUACUUCACAUUCGGAGCGUGUUUCUGUGAGGUGGAGCUGGACUGCCUGACAGGAGACUACCAGGCUGUGAGGACAGACAUUGUGGUUGACAUUGGCAGGAGUGUGAACCCCUCUGUGGACAUUGGACAGAUUGAAGGAGCGUUCAUGCAGGGUUUGGGUCUCUACACUCUGGAAGAGUUGAAGUUUUCCCCCUCGGGGCUCUUGUACACUCGUGGUCCAUCUCAGUAUAAGAUCCCUGCGGUGUGCGAUGUGCCACUCCUAUUCAACGUCUAUCUGCUGUCAGAUUCCCACAACCCCCAUGCUAUAUACUCUUCAAAGGGUAUUGGAGAACCCGUCCUCUUCCUGGGCAGUUCAGUGCUCUUCGCCAUCAAAGAUGCCGUGGCUGCAGCUCGCUCAGAGUCCGGUCUAGUUGGCCCGUUUACUCUGAGCAGCCCUGCAACACCAGAGAGGGCCUGUUUGGCCUGUGCCACCCCGUUCACUCAGAAGAUUCCAGUCAGCAAACCAGGAUCUUUUAAACUGUGGGCCUUAAACAUCUAAAAUUGAAAUUCUGUCUUUUUUCCUUUCUUCAGUGUUCAAAUUAAAUCUAAACUGUGAAAUAAUUUGAACUAACAAUAAUUAACUAAUACAGUUAUUUUACUCAACCAUUCAAGGAUUCAAGCGGUUUAUUAUCAUUUCUAUUACACAUUUACAUGUGAAUAAAAAGGAAAUAGAUACUAAUCCUUUCUGAACUAUUUUUAAAGGUUAAUUUUUAAUGAACAAAUCAAACGUUUUACUGACACCAUAUUGAGCAUCUGUUCUCAUUCUGUACCAUGUAAAUGUGAAAUAAAUACAUUAUGGCCUCCUCAUUAAUGAAAUUAAGAAAUGACAUUCUAUAACAAGUGAUUUUAUCUUUAGUACAAAGACUUUAAGUGUCACAGUAGAGACAUAAGCCAUAAUAAAA